AUGGGGGAUUUCUCCUCACAGUUCCGGUUUGCUGAGGAGAAAGCAUGGGAUGGUGGAGCGUCGUGUCCAAAACAGAACCCAGCACUUUACGUGGAUAGUGAGUCACUGGUUCGAGCCCUUCAAGAACUGCCCGUCUCGCUGCCACUCAAUGUUGCUGCUGAGUUGGUUCAGGCCACGGUUCCUUUGGGGCUUCCCCAAGUGAAACCAAAGAGAAGUGAUGGUGGCAAGGGACUAGGGAUGCAACUACAGGGGCCCUUGGGGCCUGGAGGAAGGGGGCCCAUCUCUGAGCUGAAAUCUGCCGUGUCCCUGGGCAAAGACAGCUUGAGUCCAGGUCCUGCUUGGGGUUCUCAGCAACCCGCUUCCCCAGCGCAGUCAGCAGCAGACCACCUGGAAGCAGAACUAGAUCUGUCGCUUAGUUUAGAUGUGCCAGCAAAAGAGGGAGGUGACGUCUUUCUGGAUCAGACCUCUCAGGACCUGAAAUCUGAGAAAGCUGGUGAGGCGGCCCAAGAGGAAAAAGUUUCUGCAAAACCAUCUGUGACUGAAAAGAACGUGGAACCUGAGCAACCAUGAACAUCAAAAAAUGUUACCGAGGAAGAGCUGGAAGACUGGUUGGACAGCAUGAUUUCUUAAAAAAAAAAAAAAAAAAAAAAAGAAAUGCCUGAGGCAAAUUUUGGUUGCUUUCUAAGUAAGAGCAGACAUGAAAAAAUUUACUAUAUCUACUUAGUAACAUGUCAUAAGGGCAUACUCCUCAAAAUAUAGCUAGCAUUUUCAGUGCAUUAAAUGAGCAAUGGAUGUCUUGGGAAAAGAAGAGUUUGGAGAGAACCUGGAAGCAAAGAAAGAAAGGUUAGAAGAAGUGCAAAGGUGUCAAACUCCCUGCCCAGUGCACAUACUGGAGCAAUAGGCAGGGCCAAGUGAAGGCUUCAGAGAAGAACAAGUCUUUGUAAUGAAGACGGUGAUCCUAGGCAAACGGGGCUGUGUAUGCUACAGGAAAAUUAUUAUUGAGAAUUUUUUUUGUUUGCACCAGGAAUCAGACUAGGUGUUGGAAGGCAGUAGUAGGCAGACCAGAAUUCCCUGAUCUCAUGGUGUAUACAGUCUGGCAGAGAUGACAAAUGUUAAAUGAAUAAUUACAAAUAAACCACGAAUAGUCAAAGUACUAAGAAGGAGACACACUAGGUAUGUGAUUGCUCACGGAGGACCUAAUCCAAUCCAGGGGCCAGGGAUGUUUCUUGGAACUGAAAUGCAAAGGAUAAAUACUAGUUCAUUAGGUACAAAGAAGAGCAAAGAAUAUUCCAGGUGGAAGGAACGGUGUGUGAACAUCAAUAAGUAGGAAGGGGAUGCCAUAUACAAGAGAAGGGGUGAGCCUGGUGUGUCCGGGGGAAGGCACUCACCUUUGUCAGACUCUGUACCCUGGGAUACUAUCACUUGAGUUAUAAACAACUUAAAUUUGAUGCCAAUUAGAACUUCCUUAAAGCUUAUUAGCUUGCUUCUUGGCCAUAGUUAGGUUGUGAAGAAAAGCAUUGUAAUAGUACCUUUUUAUUUCAUUGAAGAUGAAUGUCAGGAUAAUAGUUAACGUUAUCAUGGUAGGUUGGGUCAAGGACAUUCCAGGUAGAUCAAAGCACAAAGUCGCAAUUAAAUUACUACACUUUUCUCUAUAUUAUUAUUUGUUUUAUGCCUAAGAACACUGAGUAAUGCAGUUUCUUUCAGAUCUCUUAAAAGACUGUGAUGUUGAUCAGGAUUAUUCUGGUUGCAAGUGACAGAAAUCCAAUUAAAAACUGCUACAACAAACCAGCCAAGUAAAAAAAGGAAUGUGUUUUCCCACAUUAUCUGUAAGUCCAGUGGCAGAUACUACUUCAGGCAAACUGGAUAGAAUGCUGUUGUAAGGAAUCUGUCUUUAUGUUUAAGCUCUGGUUUUCAAGAUGUUAGUUUCAUUCUAGGACAGUUUUCUGAUGUGGUGGCAAGAUGUCUCUCAGUUUCCCAGGCUUACUUUUUAGCAGCUCAGCAGCCCUGUAGGAAAGAAAGCCCCUUUUUUCUCAACAGUUCAACAAAAAUCCUGUGGUUAAGUCUCCUUUGAACACCUUGGGUCAUGUAACUAUACUUAAACCAACCACUGCAGCCAGAGCCCCAAGAUAUGCCAAUGGUCCAGACCAGUAUUACCUGGAGCCUGGAGAAGGCAUUGGAAGUCCUCAAAUCACCUGGCCUGAGAGUAAAGAGAGAUGUCAUGGCUUACCACAAGAAACUCAGGAUACUGUUAUUAAAGGAAAGUGAUAGAAUAGGGAUAAUGGAAACAACAAAUCUUUUUAACCCAACUUGAAUCUUUUUUUUUAGUCAUUGAGAAGUCAGUCUGUUUGGGGGGAUUUGAUGUAGUCUCACUUCACCCAAAGUCAAUCAUACUGAUUUGUUACUAUGAACUUAAUGAAAAAUCCAAAAUGUCUCGUAAAUAAUUGUAUACAAUUUUAUCUUAUGCAGAGUUAUGCAUAAGGCAUAUUUUAAGGCUAAAGCUAAUAUUAUAGUACUAUCAUAAAGCUUAAAAAGUUAAUAUAUUUAAUUGAAUAUGUGAAUGUAUUAACUGAUUUAAAAAUAAAGGAAAAAAUAUAUAGGAUUUUUAUGGGCAUGAAGAAAAGUCAUUGAGAAGUGGCUCCUACAGUUUUACACAUCAGUAGAAAAAAAAAACAGUUUCGUAAGUUUUAAACACAAGCCAUCACAAGGAACCUUAGACAUUAAAACAUGCAGUUAGAGCUUGAUUGUGUUGGCCAAGUUAUCUUUAAUGUGGUUCAGUCUUAAAGUCUCUGUGGAGUUUUUUUAUUCUGAUAAAAUGAAAUGUGGGAGACCAAGAUUCUGAAAUCUGGAAACUCCUCCAAUAUUACUGUAACUGAGAAAAAUUCAGAGCAUGAAAUCUUAUGUUUAUGAAGGAUCAUUUUCUCUGAAUCCCUAUUUUAUCAGACUCUAAAUAAUUAUGCUGGCAGUUCAGAGAAUGUGGCUCCUAAAAUCCUAAAAUCAGAAAUGGUCAUGGUCCCAUUCUUACCAAAUGAGAGUGCAUUUUGAUACAUCAUAUCAACAGAGUGAGGGACAAAAACCAUAUGAUGAUCUCCAUAGACACAGCAAAAGUACUGACAAAGUUCAG